GACCGAGAGAAAGGGAAAUAGAAAGAGGGUGGAAAAGGGAGGAAGCUCGCGCGGAGUUUCCGUGAUCGAUCCUCGCGGAAAAAGGACACGCCUCCCCGAGAGCGGUCGCGUUGUUUUUCGAAAAACAAGUCCCCUCUCGAUCUCGACGCGAUGUACGACUCGCGACCCGCGACCCGCGACGCGCGACGCGCGACGCGCGACGCAUGCGUUCCCCGAUACACGCGGCUCGACGCGACGCGGCACGGGGCGCUUUCGCCCUUCGCGGAAUAAUCUUGGCCCUGAAUCGAGCAGUCUUCGACGAACGACGCGAUGCUCGCUCGCGUCGCGUCGCACCCUCUCGAAAGAUCCUUCGUUUCCCCACGAGAUUCGCAAGGAAGAUCCUGCAAAAUCGCCGGACACGGGGGCGCCUGGUAAUCUCGUCGAAACACCAUGGGACUGCAAUCUCCAAAAUCGUCGAUCGUUUUCGAAGAUCGUAGCGCCGGUCUGCGGACGAACCGCCGAAUCGUCGUCGGAUAGAUCGAGCAGCUUCGAUGACGGAAAUUGACGAUAAUGGGUUCGAAAAAGUAGAGAACAAAGAGAGAGAGAGAGAGAGAGAGAGAGAGAGAGAGAGGUGCGACGACCGGUUCGCGCGUGUUCCCGACGAAAUUUUCGCGAGAGACGAACGCUGCCAACGGAGGAGACGCGUCGCGUCUUCGUCGUCGUCGAGAGAGAGAGGAACGACGACGCUUCCUGGCAGACUUCGACGAAUUUAACGAGCUUGCGCGUCGUCGCGUCGAACGCACGUGGUGAACGGAAUUCGUCGGACGGCGCGGCCGAGUUUCUCUCCGUCGCCGUUGGCGAGCGAUUUCGCGAACCGCGACGACUCCUGUGACGCGACUGUUCGACGCGUAACGAGGAACUCGCUCCGAAUUAACGAUUUUUCUUUGUCCCGGUACGCGCGCGACGCCGGUGCUCGCCUUCGCUCGCUUCUCGCCGAGGCGAGAUCGAUCACGAAAUCCGAAUCGGAAGCGACGAACAAGCUCUCGUUCGAAUUUUACCGCUUCGAACGAGUCUUUCGAUCGCAAUUUCCUGCUAAUUUCUUCCGGCCGCGGGCGUCGCAGUCGGAAACAGCGUCUCGAGAAACGCCGUAGAUCGACGUAGAAUCGACGCGUCGCGACACGAUCGCAAACAGAUUUAUCUGGCUCGAGUACGUUGCUACCGAUACGACGCCGAUGUUAUCGAGAGUACCUCCUACAGGGACGCGGAAGAAAUAAAUAUUUUCUUUCGUAGUUGAGAGAUCCGCGCGUACCAACAAUUUUUGGUCGUCGAGCAAAUCGUUUUCGAGACGAACCGAAGAAAAGCUCAAGUCCCGACACGCGCGAUUUUUAUUCGGAAAAGUGGUCGUAACGAUUCGAGGCGGUCGUUUGGUACUCGGCGAUGAUCCAAGCGCGUUCUAAGAACGUCGCGUAAAACAUUCAAACGUCGGAAACAAGAACCGCCGGCUACCGCGCUCGACGCGAAUUCGUUCGAACUCGAGUUACCGAUUAAAUAGAUCCGGUGUAAACGCGGAAAUGCGGGCGCCGAGCAUUCCGCUCGCGAUCGCGGAUCAUUAGACCUUCGCGUACGCGAGCCGGUGUUAUCGGUCGCGCCGAGUUUCUCUCCGCGUCGACUGGUAAUCGCUUAACCGGGCCACACGCGGGUUCCAUUGUAAUAUGCCGGCUCACCGAGAAAUAAAUCCGAUACACUCGGAAUCGUCGUCCGGCUCGAUUGCCGCGUUUCUUCGACCGACAAAUAACGUCGGCCUUCGACGUAACGUCGUUAUUUACGAGAACGAUAUCCGGAAACAAAUGUUGGAAACGCAGAGCGAACGGUAAUUCUUUCCCGGUUGCAACUAUUUUCCAUUUAAACGUACGAUCGCCGGUCGAACGACCGAUUUCCGAUCGUCGAUUUUCGGAUCGUUGAAAUUGGAAACGCGCUUUUACGAAAGCUUUGAAAUUAUGCGUUUCUUUGCUCGAUGAAAAGCGCACCGAGUCCGAGAAACCAAAAGCUCGAAGCUUUCGUAGAAUUUCAAGACGCGGAAAACGAAAAUGAAUCGUCGGGAACUAUAAACAGGCGCGCGUACGAUCUGGGUCGAAAUCGAGCCGAGCGUCGAAUCGACUUUCGAUCGGUUCUCGAGACGAGAUACUCGAGCGCGCGGCGGAGAAUUUCUACGCUCGGCCGUAUUCGAAGCGGCGAACUUGGCCGGAGAUAAUCGUUACCGUCGGCUUCCCAGCGAAAAUCCGUCUCGCCGUUCGUCUUUUUAUAGUCGUCCGUGCGUCUAAUAAUUUUCACAGGUUCGCGAGUAGGACGCGCGAAGCCGGCGAACGCGGACGCGAAGGCGAACAGAUCGGCUCCGAAGGGGAGUCCCGGAUCGCGGCCGGAUCGAUCCCCGCAUCAUCGAAGCGCGUAGUUGAAAAGGGGGUAUCGGCCGGGGAGAAAGUCCGAUGAUCGGAGAGGAUCGGUGGGACAAGAGGACGAUGGUGGGGUUGCCGCCGGUGUUUCUACGACGCUCGCUCUCAGCGCGGUGGCGAACGACGCUGGAUGGUGGGGCCGAAGGGUGGCGCAGUCAUUUAUGGUUGCCGGUUGAUCCGACGGGUUCAGUUGUCUGUCCGAGCAACAGCGACAAAAAGCUCGCCGACCGAACGAGCGACCGGUCUUCUUCUCGCCGAGGGCCAUCGAUCCGCGCCGCUUCGGCCACCGCGAAUCCGUGAAUCCGAGGCUUGCGAGAAGAACAAGAGAAUCCGAGAAAUGGCGAAGGAGGUUCGGCGAUCCACGGUGGGGCGAACUCGAUCGGCGAACAGCCUCGUCUCCGUGUCGGCCGUCGAUCGCGCGAUCGUUUGAAAUCUCGCGAGAACUUUGGCGAGUCGCGUUUGGCCACCGCCGCCGGCGAUCGUCCGUCCGCGUCCGCUCGCAUGUCCGCGGGAUUCGUUUUCCCCGUUGCAAAACUGUCGUUCAGAGCGCAGCAUGUUCCCGAGGAGGCGGCGAGUGGUUCGGAACCGUUCGGGCUGAAAGGGCCCGGCUGCUCGAGAGACCGCGCGAGCCCGCGAGAGGAUGCAAGAGUCUCGGUCGAGCAGCAAGAGAACUGGCUCGGUGCCAUCUCGACGAGGAUGACUUCGCUGAGACGGUCCGCGAACCAGUCGGCCAGGGAAGGCGCUUCCGGCAGGAGGCACGCGCUCGCCGGGAUCAGCUCGAAGAGCAUGAGGAGCGUCCUCCACGCGCCGACCGCCCCCGGCUCGCCUCUUCGACACCGCUCCAAGUACGAGCUGAGGAGCAUCAGCUUGGAGGGCACCAAGGUCCUGCCGUGGACCGCACGAACCACCACGGAUGCGAUUUCCAGACGAGGUGUCCUCUCCAGGCGGUACUAUGGCAGCGUCGAAAUGCUGCCGCAGAUCGAGCAAGACGGCUCCGACAAUGGCAGAAGAUUUCGGGUCGAGAACGGCGAUUCGCCCGGCGAGAAAGAAGAGAUGUUCGGCUCUCCCAGCACACCGAUAUUGGAAAAUCCCGAGUACCAAACGCGCUGGUAUUUCAAGUACUUCCUCGGAAAACUGCACCAGAAUUACGUGGCCGCUGAUCAAGAGAGAAAUCCUUUGUUUCUGUCGGUGGUAACGAGCGAAGUCAACGAGCAAAGUGUCCCUCAUUACAGAGUGAUUUUGUGGAGGAAAACCGGCGCCCAGAAAAUAUCGCUGCCAUACUCUGCGAACAAGACGAUCACGAUCAGACAAAUUCUCAGCAACUUCUUCGGACUGGAGAAGCUGGACAAAGCGCCGCGCGAAGUUUUCUCGCCGGAUAUACAGAAGGACCUGCUCUUGCUGGAGGAGCAGGAGGGCUCGGUGAACUUCAAGUUCGGCGUGAUAUACGCGAAAAAGGGGCAAAUCACCGACGACGAGAUGCUGUCCAACGAGCAGGGCAGCUCGGAGUUCGACAACUUCCUGGAGAUCCUCGGCGAGAGAAUAUGGCUGAAGAACUGGGACAAAUACAGGGGCGGCUUGGACGUGAAAGGCGACAUGACCGGCAAAGAAAGUUACUACACGGUGUACGCCGGCCACGAGGUGAUGUAUCACGUUAGCACGAUGCUGCCGUACUCGAAGGACAACCCGCAGCAGUUGGAGAGGAAACGGCACAUCGGCAACGACAUCGUCAACAUCGUUUACACGGACGACCCCGACGCGAUAGACGCGUUCAACCCGAACUGCAUCAGAAGCCAAUUUACGCACGUGUUCGCCGUGGUGUCCACCGAGGAGAACAACAAAGGGUGGCGCGUGGCGAUCUACUGCGACGAGAGCGUCCCCCUGUUCGGGCCCAGCCUGCCCUGUCCGCCGGUCUUCGAGGACCCGUUCACCCUCAGGGAGUUCCUGCUGGUCAAGCUGAUCAACGGCGAGAAGGCAACCUUCGACACGCCCACGUUCUCCAGGAAAAGGGAGAGAACGCUGGACGCGCUCCUCAGGGACAUGUACCAAGAGCACACGCAGGAGAGCAAGAGCAACAGCAUGUUGAACCGACGAGCUCUGUCGGAUGUGGUGGAGGCUCCAGGUCGACGUCGCGAGGAAACGCGGGCCGUCGAGAUGGUGCGCGUAGGACAGGCCUUGAAGCUCGAAGCCAUUGUCCGAGGAUUGGCGCCGACAUCGUUGGCUACGGCCGGCCCGUUGAAGCCUAGACCUUGGGAGCCGAGAUGCAUCUAUCCGGACUUCCCGCACGAGGUCGUCUGCGGAGACGUGUGGCUGGACAGCAAGGUGGUCCUCGCUACGGAGAACGGCACCUUUCUGAUAGAAGACAGCCUGUCCCAUAGAAUGAUCUUCGACGAGUCCGUGCAAAUCAAGCAGCUGGACGUGGUGGAGCAACACGGUAUACUAUUGUUCCGCACCGGAGACAAAGGAAAAGAGAGCAACGUUUACGUGUUCCGUCUGCGAGAGUUCGAGAACGCCGGCGGCACGGCUAACAGGUCGGCGGAGGUGUUGAACGAGCGCGACGACGAUCAGGAUUGCGAGGACAACGGCGACGGAGAGGACGUCGACGACGACGCCGACGAGAGCGAGGACAACGAUUUCGAGAACUGCUCGAAGGCCGCUGCGAAAUUCAAACCGGUGGCGAUUCGCGCGCGCGGACGCGUUCGAGCGCGCCCGUUGGCCGUCAGGGGCCGAUCCCACAUCAAGGACAGGAGGCUACCGAGGACCAGAGGCUGCCAUUUGUACACCACCACGAUGCCCGGCGGAUCUCAUCUGCGCAUGUGCGUGGCGGUCGGCCGUCGAUUGACGGUGCUGCAAUGGAAGCACAGCGUGGCUUGGACAGCUUGGUGUUCGACGGCGGACACGGACACCGUGGACGGUUUCACGGUGCUGAAAGAGUUGAACGCCAGCGAAGCACCGUCGUUGGUCACGAUGAUCGAGGGCUCGGACGCCGCGAACGAAUGGACCCUCUGCUGCGGCGUUCGCCACCAUUUCGAACUGAUCUCGGCGUCCGGAAGCACGAGGACCGUUCACAUCGACGGAACGUCGAAGCCGCACCUGGUCGCCGCUUUGGACCUCUGCGAGGACGAGGAGCCCGAGCUGCUGCUCUGCUACAACAACACGUGCCAUUUCCAAAAGUUGCUCGAAGAGAACACCGCGCCGUCCGAGUUCGAUUUCAACUGGAACUCCGUGCCAGCCGAUAUAGCCUGUGCCUUCCCCUACGUGAUCGCGUUCACCAAGGACACCAUGGAGAUUCGACUGAUAAUCAACGGGAACCUGGUGCACACGAUGGCGAUGCCGAACUUGAAUCUGAUCACGUCGAAACAGGACAUCUUCUUCGCGACGACCGCCCCCGAGUUUCUGCCGGGGAAGUGCGAAAGAAUUCGGCUGGACGCGAAGCCAUCGGACAAAGAAGAACCGGUUUCUAAUCCGCCGCCUAUCCCGCAGUCCUCGUCCUCCCGAUCCAACUCGCAAAAUGCCCAGAACGAUUGGAAGCCGAUAAGGAUCUAUCAGAUACCGUUGCAGACCUUGUCGAGGAGCAGCCUGUCGACCUGCGCCCAGCGGCGAUGCCCCAGCCCCGUAGAACCGGAAGUCACUUCGGCACCCCCGACCUCCGACAGGACUUUCCUCACGGUGGAGCCCCACAGGGCCGUCAGUCGGUCCUGCAGCAGCAGCCCGACUCCGACACCGACCAACCUUUUGCCACCGCACUCCCCGCUGAGAAAAUAGGUCGAGUCGAGGUCGAGUCGAGUCGGGGUCGAGUCGAGAUCGAAUCGGUGCGAACCGAUGCGACAGAUUUCAGAUUGCAGAUUGCAGAUUGCAGAUCGCAGAUUGCGGAUCGCAGAUUCCAGGUACCUGAUGCUUGUGCCUCGGUUAGGAUCGGCAACGGAGAUGGUACAAUGGCGCGGCGGCCGAUCGGAUCGGAUCGGAUCGGAUCGGAACGGAUCGGAUCGGAUCGGAACGAACGAACGACCGGAGCCGCUCGGCGACACUCUAUGCGCUUAAUUGUAGUUAGAUUUACUGCCGUUGCGACGCGUUCUGCUAUAACUAUAACGUAGGUGUAACCGUACGCGCGAGAAGUGCCCUUGCCGCCGAGGCGUGAAAGACUGUCCGAUCCAUCGGCCGUGUUAAUCCAAUUAACUCGGUGUCUUUGGUCGGCCGAUCGGGUCUCCAAGAUAUCGGAAAUUUUCGGAUAUUACCGGCGAACGGUUUCAUGAACGGGGAUUAUCGGACGGCGAACGACGGGGAAAAACAGCGUUCGUUAACUUUUCCCAAGUUCGCGUCUGUCCAGCACCCCCAACCCCCACCACCUCCCCGGCUGUGUCGCGCAUCUUAUUUUUAACAGAAAAUUCUAAGCAUAGCGAAUUUCGUCUAUUUACAAUACUCCGACAACCGCCUUACGUACGUACACACAAUAUGUCCACAUGUACAUACAAACAGUGAUCAAUAAAAUGUACGCCAAUCGAUCACCCCGCCAA